UUCCACAGGAGAUUACCCAGAGUGCCGCCGGCCUGAGGAUCAUCCAGAAGAGAGAGAGAGGGACGAGAGGGAGAGAGAGAGAGAGAACGAGGAGGACGCACACGGUGAUUGGAGGAGGAGGUGGAGCCUCGGAAAGACUCCCCGCUCCCCCCUCAUGUGAAGCCCCUCCCCUCUGAGGAAGUGCACUUGAGCGCCACUGCUGUCUGUGAUGCCCUCCCAUGACGCCCAGGUCGGUAGCUGACACUGCCAGUGAGCGGGAGACGCCACUGCACAACCGGUCCUGGGCCGGCACCGUCAGCCGGUUCUCGCCCUCCCUCUCGCACGCUGGAGACUCCACCUCCACCCACCUACCAGUAUCCACAACCAUCAGCUCAGACCCACCCCAGUAAAGUCCCCUCAAAAACCGACACGCUGACGUCCUCGGCAAGCACCAGCAGCAGCAGCCAAAAACCCCAGUAUCUUCAACGCAAACAGCAACACCAGCACCACCAUUAUCACCACCACCAGCAGCAGCCAACAUGUCCAGUCGUAGAAAGUCCUCCACCCCCUGCAUGGUCCGGGUCAUCAAUGACCUGCCUGAAGAGCAAGAUGACCCUGAGGAAGUAAUGGACAUGGAAAUAUUGGCGGCCAAAGAUGUGACAGAAAAAGAACAAUCACAAUCAUCUGAAUCUGCAGAAAAGAGUCAAGACCCCCAGCAAGAGAAUCCAGAGAAUCGAGACCAGCAGAUGUUUCCAAAACCAGUGGAAAACCAGAAUCCUGAGCCAUCAGAACAAGAUGAUGAGUCAGGUAAAAAAGACCAGCCCCCUGUCAUUGAAGACGUAGAAGCCACAGGGGAGAAGGACAGGGAAGGGGUUGAGUCUGACCCAGCAUCCCAGAAAAAGCAGCUCAGAGGGUACGAGUGCAAGUAUUGCCCGUUUUCAACGCAGAACCUGAAUGACUUUAAAGAGCAUGUGGACUCCAGCCACCCUAACGUCAUUCUCAACCCGUUGUACCUCUGUGCUGUCUGCAACUUCAACACCAAGAAGUUUGACUCGCUCACAGGGCACAAUGAGAGCCAGCACCCGGGCGAGACAAACUUCAAGUUCAAGAGGAUAAAAAUGAACAAUCAGACUAUCUUAGAGCAGACAAUCGAAGGCAAGGACAAUUCAGUUCAAUGCGAAGUGACAAAUGAACAAGGUGAAAACAACAGCAGUUCGGUGUUUCCCCCUUGCAUAUCUACCACAGUGAAAACCCCAGAAAACAUUCAGUCGCUGUUUCAAGGGAGCGAAUUGAAAAGCCAGCUGGACAGCCUGAUCCAGAAGGAUCAAAUAACAGCAGUGAACAUCAACGGAACAGUCAUCAUCCCUGAACCCACCAUCCUCCAAGGGCUCUCCCAUGUCACCCCGAUGCUCCAGCGCCCGCCCAACUUUAACUCUGUACCAAAAAUAGCUGUUCCCUUGAACACCACCAAAUAUAACCCUUCUUUAGAUGACAACUUGACGUUGAUCACCUCCUUUAACAAGUUUCCUUACCCUACACAUGCAGAGCUGUCGUGGCUGACAGCUGCCUCCAAGCACCCGGAGGAACAGAUCAAAGUCUGGUUCACCACCCAGCGACUGAAGCAAGGCAUCACCUGGUCCCCAGAGGAGGUGGAAGAAGCCAGGAAGAAGAUGUUCAAUGGCUCCAUCCCUCCUGCCCAUCACACGUUCACCGUCCUGCCUACAAGCCCAAUCUGUCAGCCAUCUGCCAAAUCCUCCCAGCAUCCCCUUGUCCACACUACAGUUGGGCAUCCAAGUCAUGUACGGACAGCCACAUCCAAUGGGUUCAGUGUAGUCACCACCCCAAACUCUCCCGCUGGAGUUGCCAUGGGCUCCAGUCUUUCCCUUAAACGAACACACCUGACAACAGUGUUUGGCCCAGAAUCUAAGCGGCCCAUUAUGGCAGUUGCCCCCCAUUCUGGUGACCCUAAAGACAAAGUCCUCAUGGCUCCUCCUCCACCCCCUCCCCCCCAAAAAGACCGUCUCCCAAUGGCUCCGCCUCCAGUUCCCAUGGAGAUGAAGAGACCUGUAGCAGUUCCUCUGGGCACAACAGAAAUGAAGAGGUCAUCCGCUACUGUGCCUUUAAUGCCACCGCCAUCAUCGUCAUUAUCACCAUCUUCAAUGUCCAAAGGGAAGCUUCUCUCGACAUUAGGAAACCCCAAAACAAAGCCGGUGGUGUCGCUUCCCUCCAUAGUCUUUCCAGAGUCUUUAACAAGACCAAUGAUAGCUCCCCCGCCUAUCUUUGCCCCGUCAUUUAAAAACUCAUUACUUUUCCCUCUUACUUCGCCCAUCACUUCCAAAGAAAAACACCAGAAUACCCACGCUAUGCCAGCUGCUGAUUUGAAGCUUCCAAACUCCCCUCCUCUAAUUACCACACAGAUAAGGAGGCCUACCAUUAUCCAGUCCAUUCGUGCUCCGGCCAAAGCCCCGUCCCAGAUUCCAGGGUUCCCCUUAGAUAGCAAGAAACUAAAGGAGCAGCAAGGAGUUGAGCUGAAAGCCAGCUACCCCAGAGGAGACAAGGUACUCACUCCUCUGGCAGAGGCCAACGGGACAUCUCGCUCAGACGGCAAAUGGCCCCACGAUCAAAACUCCCUUGCUCACAACAAUGGAAUCCAUUUGGAUGGUGGUGAGCCACCAGCAGCGUUGAAACCAGACUUUCAGCAAAAGUCCUCAGUGCUGACCCAAUUCCCCUUGCUGGAGAGGAUGAAAGGAAAGACAGCGGAACAGCUAAAGAUCUUGGAGGAGAACUUCUUGAGGAACAGCUUUCCCACACACGGCGAUGUGGACAAUCUGGCGGGCACCACCCACCUGUCUCACCAGGAAAUCGACAGCUGGUUUGUGGAGCGCCGUGCACUACGCGACAACCUAGAACAAGCCCUUCUCAACUCCAUGGGCACUAAGAGGAUGGGCGCCGGUGGGAUCGCCGGCAUCACCAAGAAACGACUACAUCAGCAGCAACAGCAACACCAAACUCUACAGCUGAAUGGGAUUCACAAGCCAAGCACCGGCGUGGGCCACCUUAAAAGUCCUCUUCCACCCUCGCACACCCUGCCCAUCAUUGCUCCAGGCACCAUUGCCCCCUCCAUCCCCAACCCGAAUUCCUGCUCAGUGCCUCCAGACAGCCGAUCCCUGGCGCUCCUCAAGGACGAUUUUGCUCAAACGCGGUGGCCUUCCCCUGAGGAGUUCAGCCAACUGGAGGGUCGGACAGGACUGGCUCGCGCCGAACUCGCCCGCUGGUUCAACGAAAGCCAGCUGCAGAGCGGCAGCAUGGAGCUGACAGAACUUUUUCACAACAAUGGAGUGAAUGGAGGGCAGGGGCCGCCUGUGAGCUCACCUGAAAACGCACCCCCGAGCUUUAUCCGGCGCUGUCAGGAAGGAGCCCUAACAAACAACAACAACGGCAGUAAAGUGUUGGAGGUUGAGUUGGGCUGGCUAAUGGAGCAACGCGCUAACAACCUCAGCAGUCAACACCACGAUGAGCUUCAAGACCGGUUUGGCAGCAGACUGAGGCAGCAGAACGCGGCCGAGCUGAAGAACGGGGGACAGAACGGGGGAGUCGUUGGAGGAGCGCGGGAGGUGUUCGGGAGCUGGCUGCAGGACGGACACUCGAGGAGAGGACGGGAGCUGCUCCUGGACAGAGACAGGAAGAUGGCGGAGGACACGUCUGGGAGGCUGACUGGAUAAACGGUGCGAAUAGGAUUUGCCGCCACCGCUGCUGCUGAAAUCAUACAGGAGGAAAGAAAACGAGUUGGAAGGAGAACGGAGCAACAAAAGAAGAGUUUUUUAAUUAUCAGAUAUUGUAUUAUUUUUUUUCCUCUUUUAUUUUUUACCGAUUUUUAUCUCGUGAUUGUCGCAUCCCAGGUCACGCACAACAUCCUCCUCGUCUCGUCAGGGUCUCGACCUGUGGCGACCCCCUCCACAGAUGUGACACUCACAAUAAAAAGAUGAGUUUAAAUAAGUCGAGGGCUCCACAGUGGAAGAUUUUAUUUUGGCAAGGCGUAAACAGGCUUCCAAAUGGAAAUCAGAAGAGUGCAAGGAGAAAUUCAGGGUCACGAUCUGUGAAGAUAAUUGAAAUUGGCCUCCCUCACAGUGAAUCUCAAAUUGCUGCUUCCCUUUGAUUUCUCACAGUAUUGUGAGUUUAGCAGGAUUACAAUACGAUACAAAUCUUCACCAUCAGAUUCAGUUUAUAGGCGAGCAGCUGUAAACAAUCACAGUUAGUGAUCGAAGGCGUUCUCAACUUCCUGAAGCUUCCUUUUGAGGUGGAAUUUUUCUUCAGCAGGACACUUCUUUAAAAGGUCGAUCAGCAAUCAAUAAUGCUGUUAGUCCUGAUCUUUCCUGUGAUUUAAGAAGCCGGUCGCAGCAGCUUCAGACACAAAACGGUUGGUCAGAAAAAUAACAUCAACCACCCCUUUAAGUUUGACUAAGUUUUAAUUCCUGAACAUUUCCUCUUGUUCCAUUAACACUACAACAACCUGAACCAGAGAUAUCGUCUUUUUCAUUCUUCUUCCUUGUCAAAACAUCCGUCUACGUUACCCACAAUGCCACGUGGCCGCCUAAUAUAGCCUGUAGCCCAGUGAUUCCCAAAUCCCCAAAAUUCCCGACUCAGUUCACAGCAAAAAGAGCAGAUUUGCCAUCAAUAAUGCUGUCGGCCCUGAACUUUCCCAUCAUGUAACAACUGAGGAAGUUGGACUGACUAGCAGCCAAUCACAGCAGCAGUUUUUAAACUAUGUGCGCUCACAUUAUGAGACAAAAUAUGUGCAUUUAGGGAAGGUACUUAAAAAAAAAACAACUGACAAUAGUUCACUUUAUUCUGGUGACAGGAGCUCGUCUAUUUCUGUUGCAUUGUGGGACGAUCGUGUCCUUGAACACCAACCAGAGUCAAAACUGAACCGUUUUAAUUUUAAAUGAACUUCUUUUUGUAAUUCUUCCAAUGGGAAUAUGUGAAAUAAUCCAGAAUUAGUCAAAAAUUAGUAUGUAAUAUGAAACUGGGGCACAGUGUUGGUUAGUAAUCGGUAGUUGGGACGACUGUAUGAAUAGUUAAUAUAAUUAAUUCCUCGAAUUGAACCUUCCUUCUAAGAGGUGCUUUGGUCCGUGUGGUCAGAGGUUAAACAGGAUUGACACUUUCAACCUCAGAGGACAGUGAAAACACUUUUAGCCUGCAGCCAAGUUCCACUUUUAAAUAAAAAUAAAUAAGGAAAAGCUUUUUUAAUGAUCAGAAAUGUUGAUUUGUUUAAAUAUUACACCUUACCUGUAACAGGAGGGUUAACUGGAAUCUUCAAGUGUGUUUCCAUCCACGUUUUUAUGCAAGUACUCACCCUGAGCGUAAAAAAUCUGGAAAAAUAUUGAAGAACUUUUUUAUACUUGAAGCGCAGUGAAAGCAGACUUAGAAACAGACAUUUCUGAUUUCCAUCACGAUUUCAUGUAACAUUUUGUUAAAAUUUGCACUAAAUUUGAAUUGACUCUUUACUUUAGAGCCUUAAGCUACCCUUUAAAGGUUAUCUAUAUGAAAUUCACUGCCACUAGGUGUCGCAGUAGAGCACCAGCAUCUCGGACCAAAACAAUGGGCGCUGCAGCCGACCAGACUCCAUCGACAAAACUUGUGAUUUUAUCGUAAACUAAAUGAAACGGACUACAAUGGCUGCCAUUUAAAAGCUCCAACAUUCCCUUUAAGUCUGACUUUUAUUGAUGAUCAAAAAGAUUUCUAAACCCUCCCCUCAGAAGGAAGCUCGGUUUUGUCAACAUCCUGGACCUUAAUGACUCUGAACUUUCCCUUUAAGACGAAACCAGUUUCACAAUCAGCACUUAAAUUCCUGAAACCCCUGAACUCUUCCUUACAGUCGCUCUGAAGGAAGCAGCGUCCGUCUCGUGAGAGGGGAAUUAGCAGGUUGUGAACUCAGACAGACGGACGGACGGAUGUUUGCGGCUGAGGUGAUGUUAUGCGUGACCUGUGUUGCCGUGGAGACGGGAGGAGGAGGAGGGUGAACCGGAGCUCUGAAUGUGUGCCUGCAGCAGCAGUCUGACUGUACACAGCGACCGAUCGACCGACAGACAGGGUGGAUUUAAAACAAACAAACAAACACAAAAAAAAAACACAACAAACAAAAUCGCCGAGUGCCAAAGCUGGGAUCUGCUGCAUUCUCACUACACUUUCAAAAAAAAAAAGGGUUCUUCUUCUUCUUGUUGUAAAUAGGAUAUAUAUGUUUGUUUGUUUUGUUUUGUUUUUUUCCUGUAUUGCUACAGAUUUGUAAAAUUUUGCGGAAAAAAUUUUGUUACAUUUUGUAAAAUGGGAGCAAUUCGUCCCCCGGAAACCCUCCUUGUUUUUUGUUUUUCAACCCCCUCUCUCUCGGUUUCUCUCGGCUCUUUUUCUUUCUUUUUUUUGAUGGACUUUAAAAAAAAAAAACGGUGGCAGCAGUGGUAUAUAUGUGUGUGUGUGUGUAGGUGUGUGUGUGUGUGUGUGUGUGUCAAACGUUUUUUUUCUUUUCUUUCUCCGUCUCUCUUUCUGUUUUUGUACUGAACCAGAGUGGAACCACUACAGAAAAAAAAAGAAAAAAAAGACGGACCAGUUGGCAAUACUUCAGUCACUUCUUCUUCAUCUCACCGGCACUGGACUUCCGCCCGCCACUUCCCUGCUGAGAGGAGAGGAGAGGUGGGAGGAGGAUGGAGGAGGAGGAGGAGGAGGGGAGGAAGGAGGGACGAAGAGAAGGGGGGGACUUCGCUUCACAUCAAAUCAGAUUUAAAAAACAAAACAAAAAAAAGCACCUUUGGACCUUUUUCUUUUUUUUACUGUGCUGAAGUGAAGUCAAGUGCUAUUAUUAUUAUAUUAUUAUUAUUAUAUUAUUAUUAUUAUUGUAGCCACUCUGUCUGGAACCCUUUUUUGAAGAAAAGCAAAGGAAAAAAAAAACACAGACUAAAAAAAAGAAAGAAACUUAAGCCAAUCUGCACUUCUUGUUCCGACGAACAUGCUUGUAUGACCAAGUGACUGUCGUGGAUUUUUUUUGUUUUUUUUGUUUAAAACGGAACAAACAAACAAACAAACAACAUGAAAAAAACUACAACAACAACAAAAAAAGCAGUGAAGAAACUGUUAAAAUGGUGGCGAAGCGCAGAAGGAUUCAACGGUAACGAUCACACAACACGCACCCUCGACAGUAAAAACCCACAAUCCAGAAUCAUGCUGCCUGAAUCAUAAUCUCUCUCUCUCUUUUUCUCUCUGUUUCUCUUCCUCGCUCUAUCACUUUGUCUCUUACUUUUCAUCCUUUCUUUGUGUCUCUCUCGUCUUUCUUCCCUUUCUUCUGUCUUUGUUGUUUUUUCCUCUUCCUCUCUCUCUCUCUCCCUCUCUCUCUUUCUCUUUGUCGUCCUGCACACCAUCAUACACACCUGUAAUAAACAAAAACAAACAAAAAAAAAAGAUAAAUAGCCUUUUAUUCAAUACAUAACUACAUGUUGGCUUGGUAGGCUUAGUUGAAACUAGUUCCAUUCCGACAAAAAAGAAUAAUAGUAAAAACAAAAUAUGAGCUUCUUUAUGUAUUGCUUCUGCCGCUGUAGUGUCCUGGUCAGAUUUAAAGAUGAUAAGACUACAUAUAUCUGAAAUACUGUAUUUACAAAUGCAAACCAGGGCUGGCCUCAACAAACAAACAACACAACAACAGGGGGAAGGGUUUUUAACUCCGUCCACUGGGUGUCUGAUCGGCGGCGGUCGGAGGCGUCCUGCUCGGAGCUCCGGCCGCCAGUUUGAGUCGAUCGAAAUGCUCGUUCCUUCGCUUAAAGUCUUCAUAGUUUUUUAAACUCGUAGCGUUCAGCAUCACUGAAGUCUCGCUGCUGCACGUCUUUCUGCAAAAAAUAAAAUUAAAAAAGCCCUAAAAAGAAAGCAGCGCUGUAAACAGAGACUCCUGGUGGACGCACAGCCUUAGAAAGCUUCCAAGAGACUUUUAUUUUUGCAAGUGUAUAGUUUUAAUUGAAUAUUUUUCUGAUGAAUGAUUGAAUGUAUUUGCUUUGAGGAGUUAAGUAAAUGUUGUGGGUUUACUGUCUGAAUGUUUGAAGAGGAAAGAGUCGAGCACACUAGAACCACAGAGAAGUCGAGUCGUUCUAAAAGCCAGAAAUGAAAAUCAGUCGGACGUCUUGUUCUCUAAAACCUAGUCAGCCAUAAGUUUACUUCUUCCUGGAAGGAAACUGCAGGAGAAAAGAAGUUCGAUCUCUCCAGAAACUGUGACAGAUAAACUGACAAAAUAUCCGCUGGCAUCACAGUCUAAUUUAAUCUUUAAAUAUUUGUUACAUGUUCGUAGCUGUAACCUUUUACAAGAUGAUCUUUAUUUUAAAGGCGUGGUCACACCAGCAUUUAAAACUGCAAAAUGUUGCAGAGAAAUCAGUUUAUUUUCAUUUAAUUUUAGUGGAUUCGUUCAUAAUGGCAAAGAAAAUCUACAUCUUCCAUCAAAUUCAACUUUCGAAAACAGCCGACUGUUUUGGUAUUUCUGGCGCUACGUUCCCUCAGAUGUUAGCAUGCUCGAAACAGAGGAAGCUGUCGUAGCUUACUAGCUGUGUAAGAGCGUAAACAACUCCAUAAAAGGAAUGUUUGUUUAAAGUUAUGAAACAGGAGUCAAAAAUAUGUCCUUUGAAUUAAAUGUGAAGCAAGCAAGGGAGUGAUUGUGACUGACCUGCACUAACUUUUUCAGAAACUUCCAGAUUUAUUCACACUACGACAAAACUGUUUGGUUGACUUCUGCUGGCUCGGACAUUCUCGCUACAGGAAUAUACAGAACGACUAGUGUGCACGAGUCCUUUCUUUUGCUUCGUUUAAAGUUGCUCUGUCUGCUCACUUUGAAAUGUAUCUGUUGCGCCUGGUUUCCCCGAAAAGAUUUCCAGCGAUUACCUGACAGCACUGAACCAUUUAUUACCUGCUUCUCUCCAAGAAUGGUUCGCUAAGUUUGACAUCUCACCAUCAAUUAACCCUAUGAAAUCUUGAUGUAACCUGGAUUUGAACCUUUAGUUACAACCUUAAAACUUCCUUUUCGGUCCACACAACUUCUUUUUUCAUUGGUGUGGAGUCAACUAUUUUUAGUCCUUCACUUUGUUGCUCAAACUAUGUGACAGUUAUAGCUACUAAUAUACAUCGGAGCAUGGGCAAGGCUGACUGUACAGAGGGUUGUUUGUGCCACAAACUGAAGAGUUGUGUGGACAGAAUGUUUUUACUUCCACAAAAAUUUCUCGUCUGAUCCAUCCUCAGUUGUCAAGUAAUCUUCAGGGGUCUUUAUCCGUCCUCAGUCUUCAGCUGUCUUCAGUUUUUAAAUCGCACUUUUAAUGUCAUAUGUAUGACAUGUCAAACAGAACAAAAAUGUAGAAGUAUAAGCAGUCAAAGGGGAAAGCUCUGAUUGUUUUUUGAUUUCAAAUUUGUCAAUUUAGAAGCUUGAAGAAGGAUUUUUAUGAAGCUUGAGUCAAUCAAGACAUGACUUGCACAAAAGCAUUUCCUUAUCAAGAAAGAGUUCCAGAUAUUUAAACCACACUGUGAAAGGUUGAUUCAACCAAAAAUAAGUGUUUGGGCUGUCAAGAUUCAAACACAAACUUUCUGCAAUGCAAAUCCACAUGCUGGAGGUACUGACAGGGUUCGUGCAAAGCUUGAACACAAGCUGCAUUUUCAAAUCAAUGUGAGGAACUGGUGUACAAUCUGUUUGCAAAAUUACAAUCACGGACAAACAUCCCGAAACAAAAAGGAACCAAAACGUUUUUUAGUUUCGAGUUCGAUUAGACUCUCACUCUCUACAGAGGGUUUUAAACAAUGACAAUAAGACAGAAGAAACAAGUCAGGAGGUCUGUUUUUGGCCGUUUUAAUUAAAAGCUAUUGUGGUUCUCAGAGCUCUCUGAACUCAGACAUGUUUCCCUCGAGAUUAGACUAUAGAUUAAAACACUGACUGAUAAAGACAUUUCUACACACCAACAACUGCUUACGAGGAGACCAAUUUUUACGAGAUAUUUUAGUUGUUAACUGUCCGCCGUCUCCUCUUCUGCGGUUUUUCCUUCAGACAGCAAAAAUAUGAGCCAGAGAGUAAAUAAACCAAACUUGACUCCUGUAUGUGAGCAGGAGGACGAUUUCUUUUUGGGAAAACCAGGUGCAUUAAAUGUCUUUUUAAGGGGAGUUGAGGCCAGCCCUGCUUCAUAACUGAGGUUCUGCUUCUUCUACUACUGCUACUAUCAAACAACCAGCCCUGGGCACAAAAACAGGCCUGAACACUGUUUCAAUUCCUCCCUCCAGAACUCCAGGUGCGCUUGAUUUUUUGAAUUCAUAUACCAGCAUUUUGAAACUCUGAGUCAGAACCCAAAGUGGAGCACCGGCUUGUUUUUUGUUGAGUUCCCGACGUGACGAAGACGCUUCUGUUAAUCAGCUUGUGGCCCGUCUGGGCACCAGGUUGAAAGCGUCUUUGUAGUUUUUUGACUUAUAAUGACAACAAUAGCCAUCGAUAUUUGUUUUUACGUUGAUUGAAACGUAUUCAAGCUCUGUUUCUGUUGCCCAGGUCAGCAAAACAACCUGUUGAUGUCUGCUGUAUUUCAAUAAAAACACAGCCUUUUUCAAAGGGUA